AUGAGCCCUCACGCAGAUGUCACCUCGAGCGUAUCGCAUAGCCCUGCGCCGGUAGGGCAGGAUGCCUUCAGUGGUUUCCUUACGGAGAACAUAGAAGAGAGUCACUUUGCGGCAUUUGAGAACCGAUCCCACCUUCGCUAUACACCGGAGGAAGAGCUCCAUGAUAUGAUUUGUGUUGGAUUUGGCCCCGCAUCUCUGGCAAUAGGUAUAGCUCUACACGAUGCACUGGACGGAACAGAUCCCUCACUCGAGGAGAUCCCAGGUCUGCAGGGAAGACCACCAAAGGUCGCUUUCUUGGAGAAGCAGUCGCAUUUUGCAUGGCAUGCAGGUAUGCUUCUGCCUGGUGCGAAGAUGCAGAUUACCUUCAUGAAGGACAUGGCGACCAUGCGUAACCCGCGAAGUGAGUUCACCUUCAUCAACUAUUUGCACCAAAAGGGUCGAUUAGUCGAAUUUGCCAACUUGAACACCUUCCUUCCUGCGCGGGUUGAGUAUGAGGACUACAUGGGCUGGUGCGCAAGUUGGUUCGAAGAGGUAGUUUCGUACGACCAGGAGGUCAUCAAAGUGACACCAGAGAAGUCUGCAAAUGGCGAGAUCAGCUACUUUACCGUUGUCUCUCGCAACAACCAAACUGGGAGGACUGAGAGCAGGCGAACGAAGCACGUAGUCAUCGCAGCAGGAGGCCAGCCAAACCUCCCAGCACCAUUCCCCUCGAACCAUCCCAAGAUCAUCCACUCAAGCAAGUUCCAGUAUACGUCGAAACAGCUGUUCCCCGACCACGAUGCGCCCUACAAAAUCGCUGUCGUCGGCAACGGUCAAUCCGCAGCUGAAAUCUUCGACUACCUGCACUCCAACUACCCCAACUCGCGGACCCGUCUCUUGAUCAAAGGCGGUGCCCUACGUCCCAGCGACGACUCUCCAUUCGUCAACGAAAUCUUCAACCCCUCCCGCAUCGCCACGACAUUCGCGCAGCCCCCAACCCUCCGCGCCGCGACCCUUACCCUCGACAAAGGUACAAACUACGGUGUCGUGCGCCUUCCGCUCCUCGAACACAUCUACGAAACACUUUACCUGCAGCGCAUCUCGCACGGCAACACGUCUGCCGCCGAAGCAAACUGGCCCCACGCCAUCCUGCCUUACCGCUGCGUCACCAGCAUCGCCGACACACCCGCCGGCGGCGUCAGACUGGAGAUCCUCGACCGCAGCCCGCUGUACCUCAGUGAGACAGCCGGCGCGACGGAAAAGACGGAGAUGAUGGACUUCGACGCGGUGUUCGUGGCCACUGGGUAUCAGCGGGAUCUACACGAGACGCUGCUCAAGGACGCCCGACACCUGAUGCCCGGCGGCGAUUUGAAGGACGCGCGGUGGAGCGUGAGUAGGGAGUAUAAGGUGCUGUUUGAGGAUCGGAAGGUUAGUGAUGACGCGGGCGUUUGGCUGCAGGGGUGUAAUGAGCGGACGCAUGGGCUGAGCGAUACGUUAUUGAGUGUGCUGGCAACGAGAGGGGGCGAGGUUGUCAGGUCGGUUUUUGAGAAGCCGGGGAAGUGGAGUGGGGGUGAUAUGCUUGGGGGGUAUGAGGCGAGGCAAUAGGUGAUGAGGCUUUGCUACGGCUGCGUCUUAGUUGCGGUUUCUUUAUGUCUUGUUGUUAAUAAUGUUCAUGUUGAUGCUGCAC